AUGAAGUGCACAAAUUGUGGCUCGUCGGCCAUCGACUACGCCGACAACCAGGCGGUGUGCUCGCAAUGUGGUGUCGUGCUCGAAGAGUCGCAGAUCGUGAGCGACAUCACGUUCGGCGAAAACUCGGCGGGUGGUGCGGUGGUGCAGGGUAGCAUGAUCGCCGCCGACCAGGCGCGUGCGCGCGUCUCGGGCCCCGGCGGCUUCCGCGGCGGCUACGUGAGCGAGUCGCGCGAGAUGACCAUCUCCAACGCCCGCACGGGCAUCCACAACAUGGCGUCGGCGCUGCGCAUCCCCUCGCACGUCGCCGACCGCGCGUUACGCUUCUUCACGCUCGCGCUCGACGGCGGCGCCUCGGCAGCCACGGGCGACGAACCCAAGAACUACGUGCUGGGUCGCAAGUCCGAAUACACGGUGGCGAGCUGCCUCUACGUGGCCUGCCGCAUGGAGAAGACCACGCACAUGCUCAUCGACUUUGCCGACGCGAUCCAGGUCAACGUGUUCAUCCUUGGGCGAUCGUACCUCAAGCUCAUCCGCGUGCUCAACCUGCGCCUGCCGCUCAUCGACCCGAGCAUCUACAUUGCACGCUUCGCCGCGCUGCUCGACUUUGGCGACGAGACGCAAAAGGUGGCGUACGACGCCUCGCGCCUCGUCUCGCGCUUCCAGAAGGACUGGAUCACCGAGGGCCGUCGGCCGGCGGGCAUCUGCGGCGCCUGCCUCAUGCUCGCCGCGCGCAUGAACCACUUCCGCCGGUCGGUGAGCGAGGUGAUCCAGGUGGUCAAGAUCGCCGACGUCACGCUCCGGGCGCGUCUGGACGAGUUCAAAAAGACGCCGAGCGGUCAGCUCACCGUGCAGGACUUCCGCGACGUGUGGCUCGAGGAGGAGCAUGCGCCGCCGGCGUUCCUGCGCGCGCGCGAGCCAGCCACCAACAAACGCAAGCGCAAGUCGUACAAGGGUAUCCAGCUCGAAGGCGUCAAGGAGACAGACGCAGCCGAAGGCUCGGAUGCCGAUGCGGAUGCCGACGUCGAGGCGGAAGGCGAGGAGGCGAACGGCGCCACCAACGGCGCCACUGACGGUGCUGACAAAGGGGCGCCGUCGGAUGGCGCGGAGAACAUCGAUCCGGAGCUGGAAAAGGUGGUGGACGAGGCGACGGAGCAGGAGAUCCAGCAGUACUUGCAGCAGAGCCUGGCGCAGGAGCUCGACCGCGCGCUCGAGACGCAGGAGCGCGAGCGGGAGGAGCGCGCCAAGUCGGGCAAGGUGGGUAGCGGUGCAGCAGGGGCGUCUCGAGCGGCGACGGACGCGAUCCAGGGCGUAGACGCGCCCAUCCCGGACGACAAUGUGGCCGGAUCGUCGGGCUCGCGCGAGACGCUCGACAUGAGCAAGGCGGGCAAGCUUUUGCCGCUGGGCGGAUUAGGCAUGGAUGUGCCGGGCACAUUUGGCGACCGAGCCGAUGCCGGCGCCGCAACAUCAGCGAAAACAGCAGCAGCGAUAACAACGACAACAGCAGCGGAAGCCGAGGGAAUGGCGUUUCGCCGCCCAGGGUUCGCCGAGAAACGCGCCGAUGUCGCUUUUGCCGAGCGUUCCAACGUGCCGAGGCUUUGUGCCGAGAGAAAAAGAGGGCCUGCGCCACUCGACACAGCCCUGAACCCUGAUGAACGCUCAAAGGGUCCUGGUGCUAAGCCCCUCUCUACACGCAUCGACCAUCUCUGGGGAGCGACAAUGGACGCGCGGAUCAAGACUGCGUUGGUGGUGCUGGUGGUGCUGGUGGGUUGGGUGGCAGCCUUGAGCUCCGAUCCGGGCGUGUAUCCUGGUGGCGACCAGAACCCGCUGCACGGCUGGCGUACACUACCCACCAUCCCCGGCGCCUCGAUCGACAAUACGACGCUUACGGUGGGGAAUGCGACGCUCGUGCACUACAUCGACGCCGCUUACGAUGCACGCCGGAUCAAGCGAGCUGUGAUUCAGAUCCAUGGCGAGAAUAGGGAUGCGUGGAACCAGUGGAUGUACGCCGACCUUGCUGCGCAGCGCGGAGCGGAGGGUGGAGACUUUAGUAGGGACGAGGUGGUGGUUAUGGCACCCAUGUUCUUCAACACGCGCGACCGUGGUGCCUACCCCUACGACGAAUCGCUCGAUCCCGGUGCGACCACGACUACACAGGAUACCUCGCUGCCGACCAACACGGCUGUACCCAGGGGUCUGGGACGUGGCGCACUGGAGCGCAGGGGAAAGUUCCCCAUCCCGUUGGGCAAGGUCAGUACGACACGCGCGAUGAUUUGGAAGUCGGUCGAGUGGGGUGAAGGUGCGGAUGCCUACGAACCGGUGGGUGCACCGGGCAGCUUUGAGGCGCUCGACGCCGCGAUUGACUUUUUCCUCGACCGCACGCGCUUCCCGCAUCUGCGCAAAGUGGUCGUUGCGGGAUUCAGCCUGGGCGCGCAACUCACCAAUCGCUAUGCCACCUUCCGCACCGACACGAGCAACGACGACCGCCUGGCGUUCUGGAUCUCGAGCCCCAACUCGUUUGUCUACCUCACGCCCACGCGUCCGCUUCGCAUCGGUGCCGCUUGUGCAUCCACCUAUGCCGACUACAAGUACGGCCUCAACGGCACGCUUCCCCAGUACGUCUCUUCGUCCUCCUUGUCGCCCUCGCAACUCAUCCAGAGGUAUUUGGCCCGGACGGUGUACUAUCUCGUAGGCAUGCACGACGACUCUGCGGGCCUCGACUCGUGUGCACCCAACAGCCAAGGUCGCGGCCAUCUGGAUAAGAUGUGGUACUGGACCCAGCAGACGCUCCCCUUGCUACCGGGCAGCACGGGCAGGCAGGGGCAACUUCCAGACAAGAGCGAGGUCAGAUUCGUUGCAAAGACCGGCCACCAGGACUGGAAGAUGAUCACCUCGGACCCUGGCGUCGAAACGCUACUCCUCAAAGCAUGGUUCGCCAACGGAACCGAUGCAAACGCGCCACAGAGCAACGGUGUCACGGCAGCCAAAACUCCCUCCUUGCAACAGGUGACCAACUCGGCGCCCUCGAUCCGUGCCAACUUGGUCGCAUUGCUCGCCGCGGCGGCAGUCACGCUGCUCGUCGCCCUCCCACUGUAG